UUCGUGAGGUAGACCCCUUUCCCUCGGCAGUAUGUCUUGUCUCAGGCAGCAAGUAGAUGGCGUCUGAACACAACACAACCAAUACAGUCAGAUAGCUGAGUCACACAACUAGGUAGCUACUGUGGAAAAGGCAACAGUACAGAAACUGCCGUAAACACGUCUAUAGUCGCGAUUGGCAAUUAUCGGGAAUAGUCUUCCAAGAUGUUGUCGAUAACGUUGAAGACUCUUCAGCAACAAACAUUCAAAAUAGAAAUAGAUCCGGAACUAACGGUAAAAGCCCUGAAGGAGAAGAUUGAGAUUGAAAAGGGGAAAGAUGGCUACCCAACCGCUGGGCAAAAACUAAUCUAUGCAGGUAAAAUCUUGAAUGAUGACAUACCUUUAAAGGACUACAAAAUUGAUGAGAAAACCUUUGUGGUGGUCAUGGUUACGAAGCCCAAACCUCCAGCUCCUCCACAGAUUCCUCCCCAGGCAGCCCCGGCUCCAACCCCCGUUCCCGCACCUCCUGUUGUAUCUGAGCUAUCCCUCUCUGACAAUGCCCGUGCUACCUCCUCCCCUGCCCCCAUGGACGUCUCCAACAUCUCCCCUUCACCCACACCCGCACCUGCUUCAAACCCUGCACAGUCAGUGGAGACUUCCACAGCUCCUGUCCCUGCACCAGAUCCUGCUUCUGCCUCCCCUGCAGUCCAAGGGGCCAGUGAAGUUCCAGCUCCAUCUGCAGCAGCAGCAGCCUCCUUAUCAGAGGAGAAACCCGAUGAGGUGGAGCCCCCUGAGCAACCCCUUUCCGCUGUGCCAGCCCUCUCUUCCAGCCUUGUUGAUGACUUAAGUCUCUUGGAAGAAGCAGCAUCGAUCUUGGUGACAGGACAGGCAUAUGAAAAUCUAGUGUCGGAGAUCAUGUCUAUGGGAUAUGAACGGGAGCAGGUUAUUGCAGCACUGCGAGCCAGUUACAACAACCCAGACAGAGCUGUAGAGUACCUGCUAAUGGGGAUUCCAGCUGAGGCUGACCUUCCACCAUCGGAGGUGCUCUUACCCACAGUUCCGGCCAACCUCAACCCCACAGUCCCGGCUCCUGUCCCGGCUCCAGUCCCGGCUCCUGCCCCAGCCACAGAACAGCCCCCACUAGCACCCACCACAGGUGCGGUCUCCUCAACCCAGCAGCCCCCUUUGUCUGGUGGGAUCACUGGUGGGAUCACUGGUGGGAUCACUGGUGGGAUCACUGGAAGUACCCGUGGAGGGACUGGGGCAACAAACCCUUUGGAGUUUCUUAGGAACCAGCCACAGUUCCAGCAGAUGAGACAGAUCAUCCAGCAAAACCCAGCUCUUCUUCCUGCCCUGCUCCAGCAGCUUGGCAGAGACAACCCUCAGCUUCUGCAGCAAAUUACCCAGCACCAGGAGCGUUUUGUGCAGAUGCUGAACGAGCCCCAAGGAGGAGAAAUGGUUGAGGAGGGAGCUGAGGCCCAAGGUGCGCCACAGACUAACUACAUCCAGGUCACUCCACAGGAGAAAGAGGCCAUUGAGAGGUUAAAAGCCUUGGGAUUUCCAGAGGGACUUGUCAUUCAAGCCUAUUUUGCAUGUGAGAAGAAUGAGAAUUUAGCUGCAAAUUUCCUGCUGCAACAAACAUUUGAUGAUGAGUGAACGUGUCUGCGUUGCUGUGGAGGGAAAAAAUGGAGGGGCUAGAGAACAAGUGAUACUGCUGCAAAACGGGGCUUUGAAAGGAAAGAGUGGAAAAUGUUUACCCAAAGUGAUCGGCCUUCCAGAAUGCUUUUCAUUGGAAAAAGACUUGAUGUGUUGUUACUGUGAGCUAUGCCUCCUACAUCCUCCUGGGAGUGUUAACUGUCUGUGGGCUCCCUCUCACUGCCGCUUACUGCUGCUUGUGCCGUGUCCAUCCAUAGCGUUAUAGUGGCAGUUUGCCCUCACCAUAUACUGUUCUUUAACCACCCUCUAAGGAAAUCUCAGACAUACAUUUCUGUAGCUGGUUGAUUCGUGUUUGCUAUGUGGGCCUCAGUUCCUGGGAAAGUAUCAUUUCCGAUGUAGUGACAAAACCAGCAAAAUGGCCAUGGAAUUUAAAGGCAUUGUUUUUAUAAUUUGUCUUCAGGAAUUUAGCUGAGCACUGUCCAACAUUUCCAAAAUGUUUCUUUGUUGAAAUACAAAGGGAACUGGAAUAUUUUGCGUGUGAAAUGGAAUACUUGUGUUGGAGAGUGCUUGGCAAAUCAACCAUCGCAAAAAGGCUGUUUCUUUGUUAUUAGAUUAUAGUUUAUUUAAAAGAGAAAGAACUUCAGUGACGGUUAAGUUCCAUUAUAUUGAAAUGUGAUAGCUGUAAUAUUUUACAAUGGGUAAUACUGCAUACCAAAUUUAUGUUGCCUAUCAUAAUCAAACACCCAUCUCAUAAAAGGUCAGUGAAGUUCUGGAAGUACUAGAAGUUAUAAAAACUAAAAUGAUUGAUCAGCCACCAAAAUUAGCCCUUGCCUUUUUGUUUUCCCUUGCAUAGAUGGGAAAGACCUAGCAUAGCUUUUGUAUAAAACGGUACAAGUUAGUUUCUGCUUUGGUGAAACAAGGGACAUUAUGAAGUGAAAUAACAUCCAAGAGUGAUGCUAUGAGAGAUGUAGGUUUGGUUGAAUGCAUGAAUUUAGCAGAGGUUCCUUUUGAGAUAUGGCAUGCUGUGGAACCACAUGAGUGAUGAUUUUGAUUUCAGCAUUUUUUUUUUUUGUCUUACUAUUUUGUUGUUUUGUUUUCUUUGGAACUAAAAUAAAGCAGAUGGUUUUAGCCUUAAUGCAUCACAGGGUUACUGAAUGGUUUUAAGGUUAUUGUUUUAGCAUUAUGUAAAAUAAAAUCGCUUUUACAAAGCUGUA